AAAGGGGUUCUGGAAGUACAAGAUCCAGGAGGGAGAAGUUGGUGGGCAGGGUCAUUAAGCCCCCAGGGCUACUGGGAAGAUGGGCAGAUGCCAUUCCAAGCUGCCCCAGGUGGGAAAACCCCUGAGGCCUCAGCAGAAGGAUCUGCUCAAGUCCUAUCGGAUCAUCUUCGUAAUGGGGGGACCAGGCUGUGGCAAGGGGACACAAUGUGAGAACAUGGCAGCCAAGUACGGCUUCUGCCACGUGGGCCUUGGGGAGCUUUUGAGGGAGGAGGCAAAUCAGGCGACUGUGCGGGGCCAGCUGAUCCGGGACAUCAUGCUGAAGGGCCUGCUGGUGCCCACGGGUGUGAUUCUGGACAUGGUGAGUGACAACAUGUUGUCCCGCCCAAACAGCAAGGGCUUUCUCAUAGAUGGAUUCCCUCGGGAGCUCAGCCAAGCCAAGGAGUUUGAGCGCAUUGUGGGCCGCUCCCCCAACAUCGUCAUUGUCUUCGACUGCUCCACGGAGACCAUGAUUCACCGGGUGUUGCUUCGAGGCCAGGAAGAGCACCGUGAGGACGAUGCUGAGGACAUUGUACGCCAGCGGCUGGAGACCCAUUACACCCUGUGCGAGCCCAUCCUGGCUUUCUACCAGCAGAAAAACCUUCUCCGGAAUAUCCUGGCAGAAGACGCUGCAGAAAAUAUCUUUGCCAAAUGCUGUUCCGUCAUUGACAGUCUGCAGUAGAACCAGAAGCUCUCCCCCCACCCUCACUGGAGGUCCACAGCUCCAAGAUGCUACACCGCCAGGACAGCCCAGAGCCUCAGCAUUACCAAGAGACACUUCCUGGGGCCCUCCAUGAGCUUUCCAACCAGGACGGCUUGGACGGCUUACAGCGGACAGAUAGGAGAUUGGAGACUGUAAGUAACCUUGAGACCUUCAAAAGAUCCGGAGAGUGAGUCCCUUGCGUGUCUAGGCAUUUGAGGAGUCUUGGGAAUCCUAGGAGUCCAAGAGGAUGGCCAUGAUGAGUUUUAAACAUUGGUACCUCAAGAAGGGUCUGUCUUGAUUUAUGACUUUCAGGUUUUCCCACCUAAACAAGUUUAUCUGUGAUUGUGGAGGUGGUUGAGUUGGGGAGAGAGCUAAUGAGUCAGAACAGGAGCUGGAAUAGAAAGAAGUCUGAAAAAAGGAGAGCUAGGUGAUCAGUCACUAAGCAUCCUACUUUGGGGGAGGUUCCUAAGUCCUCCUGAAGUGAGCUCCUGUCUGCAGGCGUGAGGAUACAGGACAAGGGUUGGGGGCAAGUCUGUAAGAAAUAAAGACCAUCUAAGAAUAACUAUGCAAAUGGCAAUUCAUGGAUGAGGCUGGAAUUCUGGAUUCCAAUCCCAAUUCUGUUUCUUUUCCUGAAAAUCAUUUUAUGUUUUUCUCCAGACUGACCGGCCCUAUUCCUAUGGAAACGGCCCUUUCAGUGAGAAAAUAGAAACAGCAUGCAACAGAGCAAACAGUACCUCCAUCCUUAUGCGUGUCAAGCUAUACCACAUAAUGCUCUAUUUUCCUAUUGUUUUUAGCUGCUCUGAUCUUCCAAAAUGACACUGUAUAGAUGAACCACUCAUAUCUCUCAAUAAUUCACAAUUUACUAGAACAUGCUCAAUGAAAACCUUUCCUUGAGAACUCUGAAGAAUCAUCCAUUAGCAGCCUGGGCUCCAAUCACUGGGAAGAAUUCUCAAAGAGAAAGCCUGUUGCCAGGUUACCAGAAAGGACAGGCCAUUGGCCAGGACACCAUUUGUAACCAGGCUAGAGAAUGCAUUCUUCUAUCUUCCAUCCUGAAAAAAAAAAAAAAAAGAUGAUACAAGGGCGAGGGACUCUCUACCAUUUCUAUAAUACAGCAUUGUCAAUUUAGCUUUAUCAAGAUGGAAGCAUAGAUUAGGUAGAUAAAUAAAUAGAUCUAUCACCCACAUAUGUUUUAUACACAUAGAUACACACAUACAGAACAGUGUCUUACAGAUCAGUAUAAAUCCUUCAUUUUAAGGAAGAGGAAACUAAGGUCUGAUGAAUUGUGAGGGUCAAAAUUUGUUGGAGUAGCACUCUUAUUUUUUAACUGGAUAAUUAUGACUAAUUAUGAUGGUGCCAAAGUCUUCCCAAGAUUCCAGUUCACUUUUCAGUCCAUCCAAGUAAAUAAAAUAUGACACAUUCCUACUUGCUCUGCA